CACAUGCGCACCAUGCACACAAAGCGGGAGCUAGAGAGCUGGAUGACGACUUCCGCGUCACCCAGCUCAUUUGCGCAGGCGCAGAAGGCGGGCAAGUCCUGAGGACACUGGGAACGGGCGGGGUCGUCUCCCUCGGCCCUUCCCGGAAUUACGAGCACACAAGCGCCCCAGGCCGACUGAGCAAGAGAUACAGAGAGAACUGGCUUCACCCUGCUCGUCGGUGCACACAGGAAGCAGGCGAGUACUGGAAUCUGGGGGUUUAAUCGGGGUCCCGCCCGUCUUCCUACAAGCGCGCGCCCACGUAUGCGCAGAAGCGCGCACGACCCCGCGCACGGCUCGUCUCGCGAGACUUGACUCGCGCCCGGAAUCGGCUGUUCGCGUUUGCUCCGGGACCUGCUUGGUCGCGCUCUUGCCUACCCCCGCCCCCGCGCUCUCCCGUGCUGCAGCUCCGCAUUGCUUCGCAUCGCAUCGCCAUGGGUUUUCUAAAACUGAUCGAAAUCGAGAAUUUCAAGUCAUACAAGGGUAAGCAGAUCAUCGGGCCCUUUCAGAGGUUCACAGCCAUUAUCGGGCCUAACGGCUCUGGGAAGUCAAAUCUUAUGGACGCUAUCAGCUUCGUGCUGGGCGAAAAGACUAGUAAUUUGCGUGUUAAGACUUUGAGGGAUCUGAUCCACGGGGCUCCAGUGGGCAAGCCAGCUGCCAAUCGUGCAGCGGUCAGCAUGGUGUAUUCUGAGGACAGUGGUGAGGACCGCACCUUUGCUCGCAUUAUUGUGGGGGGCUCUUCAGAGUACAAAAUCAACAACAAGGUGGUCCAGCUGCUUGAAUACAGCCAAGAGCUGGAGAAACUGGGCAUCCUCAUCAAAGCUCGCAACUUCCUGGUGUUCCAGGGUGCUGUGGAGUCUAUUGCUAUGAAAAACCCCAAGGAGCGCACAGCCUUGUUUGAGGAGAUCAGCCGCUCAGGGGAACUGGCCCAGGAAUAUGAUAAGAGGAAGAAGGAGAUGGUAAAAGCUGAGGAAGACACCCAGUUCAAUUACCACCGGAAGAAGAACAUUGCAGCUGAGCGCAAAGAAGCGAAGCAAGAGAAAGAGGAGGCUGACCGCUACCAGAGGCUGAAAGAUGAGGUCGUUCGUGCGCAGGUGCAGCUGCAGCUAUUUAAGCUGUAUCACAACGAGAUGGAGAUUGAGAAACUAAAUAAGGAACUCACUUCUAAGAACAAGGAGAUUGACAAGGAAAAGAAGCGCAUGGACAAAGUGGAAGAAGAGCUAAAGGACAAGAAGAAAGAGCUAGGCAAAAUGAUGCGUGAGCAGCAGCAGAUUGAAAAGGAGAUAAAGGAGAAAGACUCAGAGCUUAAUCAGAAGCGGCCCCAGUACAUCAAGGCCAAGGAGAAUACUUCACACAAAAUUAAGAAGCUGGAAGCUGCCAAGAAGUCUCUGCAGAAUGCCCAGAAACAGUACAAAAAGCGAAAGGGAGAUAUGGAUGAGCUAGAAAAGGAAAUGGUGUCCGUGGAGAAGGCAAGGCAGGAGUUUGAAGAUCGCAUGGAGGAAGAGAGUCAGAGCCAGGGACGUGACCUGACCCUGGAGGAGAACCAAGUGAAAAAGUAUCACAGGCUGAAGGAGGAGGCAAGCAAAAGAGCAGCCACCCUGGCCCAGGAGCUAGAGAAGUUCAACCGAGACCAGAAGGCUGACCAGGACCGGUUGGACUUAGAGGAGCGAAAGAAAGUUGAGACAGAGGCCAAGAUCAAACAAAAGCUUCGGGAAAUUGAAGAGAAUCAAAAACGAAUUGAGAAGCUGGAAGAAUACAUCACCACCAGCAAGCAAUCUCUAGAGGAACAGAAAAAACUAGAAGGGGAACUAACUGAGGAAGUUAAGCUUGCUAAGCAGCGCAUUGAUGAAAUCAACAAAGAGCUGAACCAGGUGAUGGAGCAGCUUGGUGAUGCCCGCAUAGACCGACAGGAAAGCAGCCGGCAGCAACGCAAGGCUGAGAUAAUGGAAAGCAUCAAACGCCUUUAUCCUGGUUCCGUGUAUGGCCGUCUCAUUGAUCUGUGCCAGCCAACACAGAAGAAGUACCAGAUUGCCGUGACUAAGGUGCUGGGCAAAAAUAUGGAUGCCAUCAUUGUGGACUCUGAGAAGACUGGCCGGGACUGUAUCCAGUACAUCAAGGAGCAGCGUGGGGAGCCUGAGACCUUCUUACCACUUGACUAUUUAGAAGUGAAACCAACAGAUGAGAAGCUGCGGGAACUGAAGGGGGCCAAACUGGUGAUUGAUGUGAUUCGCUAUGAACCACCACACAUCAAGAAGGCCCUCCAGUAUGCCUGUGGCAAUGCUCUAGUGUGUGACAAUGUUGAAGAUGCCCGGCGCAUUGCUUUUGGUGGCCACCAGAGACACAAGACAGUGGCACUAGAUGGGACACUUUUCCAGAAAUCUGGUGUCAUCUCUGGGGGGGCAAGUGACCUCAAAGCCAAGGCCCGCCGCUGGGAUGAGAAAGCAGUUGACAAACUGAAGGAGAAGAAAGAACGUCUGACAGAGGAGCUGAAGGAACAGAUGAAGGCCAAGCGGAAGGAGGCUGAGCUGAGGCAGGUGCAGUCCCAGGCUCAUGGCUUGCAGAUGAGGCUCAAAUACUCCCAGAGUGACCUGGAACAGACAAAGACCCGGCACCUUGCACUCAAUCUGCAGGAAAAGUCUAAGCUGGAGAGUGAGCUGGCUAACUUUGGGCCACGUAUCAAUGACAUCAAGCGGAUCAUUCAGGGCCGGGAACGAGAGAUGAAAGACCUGAAGGAGAAGAUGAACCAGGUAGAGGAUGAGGUGUUUGAGGAGUUCUGCCGAGAGAUUGGAGUUCGCAAUAUUCGUGAAUUUGAGGAAGAGAAAGUGAAGCGGCAGAAUGAAAUAGCCAAGAAACGGCUUGAGUUUGAGAACCAGAAGACUCGCCUGGGUAUCCAGCUGGAUUUUGAGAAGAACCAGCUGAAAGAGGACCAAGACAAGGUUCACAUGUGGGAGCAAACAGUGAAGAAGGAUGAGAAUGAAAUUGAAAAGCUCAAAAAAGAAGAACAGAGACACAUGAAGAUAAUUGAUGAAACUAUGGCCCAGCUGCAGGACCUCAAGAACCAGCAUCUGGCAAAGAAAUCUGAGGUGAAUGACAAGAACCAUGAGAUGGAAGAGAUCCGUAAAAAGUUGGGUGGGGCCAACAAAGAAAUGACCCACCUGCAAAAAGAGGUAACUGCUAUCGAGACAAAGUUAGAGCAGAAGCGAAGUGACCGUCACAACCUGUUGCAGGCUUGCAAGAUGCAGGACAUCAAGCUGCCCCUGGCCAAGGGCACCAUGGAUGACAUCAGCCAAGAAGAAGGGAGCUCCCAGGGAGAGGAGUCUGGGAGUGGCUCCCAACGAACAUCCAACAUCUAUGCCCGUGAGGCCCUCAUUGAAAUUGACUAUAGUGACCUCUGUGAGGACCUAAAAGAUGCUCAAGCUGAAGAGGAAAUUAAGCAGGAAAUGAACACACUGCAGCAGAAGCUGACUGAACAGCAGAGUGUGCUACAGCGCAUUGCAGCUCCCAACAUGAAGGCCAUGGAGAAACUGGAGAGUGUGCGGGACAAGUUCCAGGAGACAUCAGAUGAGUUUGAGGCAGCUCGCAAGCGGGCCAAGAAAGCUAAACAUGCCUUCGAGCAGAUUAAAAAGGAACGCUUUGACCGCUUCAAUGCCUGCUUUGAGUCUGUGGCCACCAACAUUGAUGAGAUCUACAAAGCCCUGUCCCGCAACAGCAGUGCUCAGGCUUUCUUAGGGCCAGAGAACCCAGAGGAGCCAUAUUUGGAUGGGAUUAACUACAACUGUGUAGCCCCUGGCAAGCGAUUCCGGCCCAUGGACAACCUGUCUGGUGGGGAAAAGACUGUAGCAGCCCUUGCUUUGCUCUUUGCCAUCCACAGCUACAAACCAGCCCCCUUCUUUGUUCUAGACGAGAUUGAUGCAGCAUUAGAUAACACCAACAUUGGCAAGGUUGCCAACUACAUAAAAGAACAGUCAACUUGCAACUUUCAAGCCAUUGUCAUUUCACUGAAGGAAGAAUUUUAUACAAAGGCUGAGAGUCUGAUUGGUGUCUAUCCUGAACAAGGGGACUGUGUUAUCAGCAAGGUACUGACAUUUGACCUUACCAAAUACCCAGAUGCCAACCCCAACCCCAAUGAGCAGUAGUGCAGCCUAGGGAAGGGGGUGGGACCUCAGAGCUGUAGGCCAGGGUUAGUUGCCUUAACUGUCUGAUGUGUUAGAGAAUCAUGUUGCAGGCCUACAAGAUGCAGGACAUCUACCCUAUUAUAGAGAAUCAUGAUUUUUAUGCCAUUUAAGGAACCAUAAAGCAGUAUAUAAGAGGCAGCAGAGUACAUCUCUGCACUGGGUGGGGGAAGGUGAGCCUGGUUACUUCUCCCCAAUCCCAAUUCCCAUAGCCUCUUUAAGAACUAUGUUGGAAAUCCUUUUAGAAUAGAGGUUCUUAAUCUGGUGUCUGUGAACUUGUGUUUGUUUUUUAAAUAUUUUGAUAAAUGUAUUUCAAUACAAUUGGCUUUCUUUGUAUUUUAUUUCUAUGUAUUUUAUGCUUUUAAAAACAUAAUGUGGGAAGGGGGGUUCACAGGCUUCACCAGCCUAGCCUGCCAAAGGGGUCUUUGAUACAAAGAAGUGUUUCCUGGACAUAUGGCUGUUGGCAAUGUUUAUGGGCCCUUGAUGUUCAACUCCUAAAUUUGUCUGAGUUUUGAUUUGAGUAUAUACCUGCCUUCAGAAGAUAAUUUUCAUCACUAACACAUAACAGGCCCUUUAUUAUUCUUACUACUGAUCCAAAUCUUUGUUGAUCAAUGUCUGUAUCUUAUUUAGAGUUGCAUGGAAUAUAAUUACUUAAAGUUAUGUUCUACAGAAAAUUAUCCCAGACAACUCAUUUUCCCAAAGUCAGGUGCUGUCACUAAGAGAUUAAAUAAAACCCAGAGGCCAGAACUAAAAUAAUGUUAUCAGUAGAAUUAAAAGCUUCAUUACUCUAGUAAGAAGGCCUUAGUUGUUGGUGAUGAAAAGUAAUGUGGCAUAAUAAAGGGAACACUGAGAUAGAAGUUUUAAAUUUUCUCGUAGGUAAAAUGGGGAUUAUGGAUGUCCCAAAAUUUCUCAAUGCAAUUUUUAGCUAUUCAAGCUCAAAACUUCACUAAGACUUUUGGGCUUCUCUGUAUAUAUCCAUACAUUGUCAUGAUGCUGUUCUUAUGAUCAUAUAAAAUAGAAAUUUGUAAAUAGUAAAACACUGUAUAAUUAUUAUAAGAGUUGCUUAAAGAGUAGAAUAUUACACAAACAUAAGUAGUCAUGUGAAUCAUAGGCUUAAUAGUCUGCCAUUGGUUCUUUUCCAUUCCUAGUGAUUUUCAUUGCUUCUUAAUAAAUGUCACAGUCCUAGAUACUACAAAAAGGUAGUUUCAUAUAUUUCUUUUAAAUUGUACAGCAAAAAGUAGCCUUGAAAAACUCCAGAUGAAAAAGCUACCUUCAACAUCAGCUACAAAUACAAACAACAGAAAGACUAGAUGAGCAUAAAAAAUAUUUUGCUGAGUUUGCUCCUAACUCAGCAGCAAAUUUAAAUUCAUUGGGAUAAGUUUUGCUCAGAUAAAUACAGGAGAAAAACAGCACUUAGGAGAAUAAAAAAGAUAAGCAAUGGCUAUGGAAAACAACAAUACAAUAUAAGCAGUUUGGGAUUUGGUAUAGAAGGACUUGAGUUAGGAUCUACUGCUACUUAGUACCUAUAUAAUAUUUGGUAGCUUCCUUAACCUCUCAGGGCCUAAAUUUCCUCAAUUGUAAAAGGAGGGGUUUGAAUUAUGUGACAUUAGGGGUCCUUUCCACUUCUAAGUAUGUGAGCAUAAGAAAAGAUUUAGAAAAUAGAAACCCAAGAUUUCAUAAUUCUGUCAUAAAAUAAUAGAAAUCCAGUAAGAAUUUUGCACACAGAGGUUCUGUUCAAGCUAUGUAGAAAAUGCACAAAAUACCAGGGAGUCAAUCUACUAGAUACUCCCCAGACUUAAAGGUAAAUUACAAACACUCUGAACAAAUAAUGACAAAUAAUAAAAUUCAUUUGGAAGAACAAAUGAUGUAGAAUACAAAAGAAAUGGAAAGGUAGAAAUGAAGGGUAUUACCUCCUUAACUUAUAAAGCAGUAGUAGAUCCAUGAAACAGACUAUGUAAGGAAGAAUCAGAAAUAAUCUAACUGAAUAACCCAAUAUUGAAUAAAUCUGAGACUAUAAAUUACUUGAGAAACAACUCCCUAUUUGACAAGGACUGCUGGGAUUAGUUUUAGGCCAACAGCUUACAUAAUGUAACGUAAUAAGGUCAAAAAUGGAUAUACAAACUUGAAUAUGAAAGAACACUCAGUAAAUAAAAGAUAAUGAAAUCAAAUAUACCUCACAGUCGAUGGUUAAAGGGAAUAUACUUAAAUAAUGUGUACAAAUGACUAAGAUAAAAUAGGUAAUUUCAUUUACAGAAAAGAGAAAGCAUUGAUUAGGAAAAAGAUGUUUAUGUCAAAUAGCUCUUAUAAGUAUACGAUAGCCAACAUAUGUUGUGAAUUAUCAAAUGGAUAAGAUCAAUGGAUCAAUGGUCAAAGAUAUGAAAAAUAUUUCAAAUGAGGCACUACUAUAUACAUACCAUUAACCAUAUGAAAAAUUGCUCCAAUUCCCUAAUAAUGAGAUAAAUGUGAAUCAAACAGCAUUUUACCUUAUAUCCAGUAAAUUGGCAAAGACAAGAAAUAGGGAAUAGCCCAUGUUGGUGGAGCUAAUGGAGCUGUGAAGUGAUCCACCCAUUUUGGAAAGUAAUUUAUUAUUAUACUCUAAAAGUUGGCUAAAAUAUCCAUACUCUUUGACCCAGAGAUCAUACUGUUUGGCAUAUGCCAAGGAGGUCAAAGAAAAAGAAAGAUUUCAUAUAACAAAGACCUAGAAGCAAAAUAGAACAUAAUGAGUUGUUACUGUUCAGUGUGAGUAUUUAUAUGAACUGAUGUGGAAUGAAGUAAAAUAAGGGGAGAAAUGUACACAAAAGCUAUGAUGUAAAUGAAAAAAACUGACUAAAAAACCCUCAAAAAACAAAACAAUGCUGCAGAGUUUUAUAAGAAGCAAGUUUGACCCUAAAAAGAACUGAGAAAAUUUACUUCCCUCACUUCUUUGCAGAGGUGUGGGACGACAGGUUGCAAAACUCUGUUUGCUGUCAGACAAAAUUGAUGUGCUGGUUGCUUUUGCUGGUUGUUUUUUUUUCCUCUUUUUAAUACUAUAAGGGAUGACUCCGUGGUUGGGAAGGAGUAAGGAAUAUAUUGGGAAAUGAAGGUGUUCUAAAAAAAGUUUUUAAACCAAUAAAGUGAUUUUUUUUAAAAGAAGAUAAAGGGAAGAUAAAGAUUUAAAAAAAAAAAAGUAGUUGUAUGUAAUUGCCUAAUUUUACUGAACAGAUAAAUCUUUUUUUAUUAGUCACAAUUGCCCCCCCAAAAAAAAAUCUAGAAAAAUCAAUAUCCUAUACUUCCAUUACUAUAGAUCAAGAAGUUUCCAUCUCCAGCUACAAAACUGACUAUAGCCCAAACCUAAUUAAAAUGUAAUUGGAAAAUGUCCAACAAAAUACAUAAAAAUACAACAACCUAGGUAAUAGUAAUUUGUGUUUUUCUGAGUCAGUAUGCUGCCUUCAGGUUUGAUUUUGAUACCACUGAUACAGAUAUUCUCUCCAUAGAUGCAGAUCACAAUCCCCAUGUAUCUCAAGAGACUAUAGUUGCUGUGAACAAAAAUUUUGUCAUCUACCAACUGUCUGGCAAUGAGCUUGAUACUGUAAACUUUAAUUUGACCAGAGUAGAGAACAGUUUGGGUGUUUUGGUUAAUUAGUUAUUCCAGUAGGAAGGAAAGAUGAACCAAAAGUAGCAGAACUUCAGAUAGACUUAAAAAAGGACUCAGGACAAAAACAUUUAAAAAAUAUUUGUUGUUAAUUCAUUUGGUUCUAUAAUGUGAAAUUCUAAAGGCUUUAUGUAAUGUAAUCCUUAUUUAGCAGAUGUGUUUUAUCAUUUUUGUUAAUAGCAAUUAUAUUUGCAAUAAAAAAAAUUUAAAAGGAG